AUGUCAUUUCGCAAACGCAACGUCGGUCUCUCCACCGGUGCCGACCGCUCGGCUGCUGUCUCGUCGCAAUCAGCCCCAAUCGAGUCCUCUCCCGGUAUACGGCCUUCACCCGAUGAUGGAAGACCAACUACAUCUACCGGCGCUCCUUCGCUUGACAAUCUAUUAGCAGGCCAUGCCGGUCUUCCUAUGGGAAAGACUAUCCUGAUUGAGGAAAACGGGACUACAGACUUUGCCGGCGCAUUACUUCGCUACUAUGCUGCCGAAGGCGUCGUCCAAGAGCAAAAGAUCCAUGUGGUCGGUGUCCCAGAACAGUGGGGGCGCAGUCUACCAGGCCUGAUCGGCACCGCAGAGUCUCUCGAAGAGAAAAGAUCCGAUAGGCGCAAAGACGAGAAAAUGAAGAUUGCCUGGCGGUACGAGCGGCUGGGUGAAUUCGGUGCUGGUGUUGCAGGCUCUCGAGAUCCUCCAAGCCAAAUUACAGCGGCAGGAGGCGAAUCAGAGGCAAAGCCCGCUUUUUGCCAUGCAUUCGACCUAACCAAACGUCUGACGCAUGCCGGCAUCAGCAACAUGUCCUUUAUCCCACUCGUGCCCUCGAAAGAUUCGCCAUUCGCAGCCAUUUUGAAAGAGUUACAAGGCGCACUGCUUUCCAGUCCCGCAAACACCAUUCAUCGAAUUGUGAUGCCAACCUUGCUCAACCCAACUUUAUAUCCGCCUAGCGCGUCUCAGCCCGAGCAUGUGCUGCAGUUCUUCCAUUCGCUCAAGGCGCUCAUGAGCGCAUAUCCUACUCGAGUCACGGCCAUGAUCACGAUUCCUCUUUCCCUCUUUCCGCGCUCAUCAGGUCUGAUCCGUUGGAUUGAGUUGUUAUGUGACGGGAUCAUCGAGCUGUGUCCUUUCCCCCACUCCGCCGACACUGUCGCAACCUCUGGCGCAGCAACGUCUGUCGAGGAGCCACCGCAAGGUAUGCUGAAGACCCAUAAGCUGCCCGUGCUUCAUGAACGCGGCGGUGGAAGUGAUCAGAAUGUGGGACAGGAUUGGGCGUUUACGCUAAGCCGUCGCCGAUUCGAGAUCAAGCCUUUCAGCCUGCCGCCAGCCGAGGGUGACACGGAAGCGCAGGAUGCAGCGACACCAGGCGGCAUGCCGAAGAAAUCUGAUCUUGAGUUCUGA